CGCAGUGGUGAGGUCGUGGAGAGAUCGGCUCUCUCUCUGCGUCCAGUUGCAUUGAGUUGCAGUGCGCGUCGUGGAUCCGGUGCGUUUACUCCAAUCCUGCCUGAUUAGUCAUCAGCAGGGGAUCACCUGCGUGCAUGCAACGCGUUCGCGAUCGAUUGCUUCUCAACGGUAGUCCGAAGAAUGCCCCGUAACGAAUGCGGUGUGAAGGAUGCAACGGUGACGGUGAGUCAGUAAUCAGACAACCCGAGAGAGUCGAUAUUCGAGGUGGAAACUUGGUACCGUGGCGUACCGUUGACCAAGUGCGAGGACCAGAGUGGUGAUCAGUGUGGUCCUUCGUUCCUGGAACACUUCCGCUCCGCAACCCGCCCAAGAGGACGAGGUGCUCGACAAGUCGAAGAUGCGAAGUGUCGUCGCCGUAGUAUGACGUCGCGGCGGUAGCUGGAACCUACUUCUGUCUGAGGCACGACCAGAUGAUGGCUGACCUGAAGAAUCUCACCCUGAGCGGUGGUGGAGCAUCCAGGUACAGCGGUGAUGAGCAGGUGCAGUUUAUCCCAGGUGGGAGUCAUCAGGUGACGAUCAGAUCACCUCCUCUCUCUUUACAUUUGGAAAAUCUCAACAACGCGGUCCACGGCGGCUCGCAGAACAAUCUCCACUGCAGUUGCAACGGCGCCACGUCGAACGGGGCUGCGGCUGCGGUAUGCACCGGUGGUGUUCUGGCCAGGAAGGUGCCGAACCACAGCGGCGCCAGUCCUGGUCAGAGCAAAAGGCCGGCGGUAUCACUGACGCAUCUCCCGAAAAGGCCACCGGUCGACGUGGAGUUCAAGAACCUGGCCUACAGUGUGUCUGAAGGUAGAAAGAGAGGAUACAAAACCAUUCUAAAAUGCGUGAACGGAAAAUUCAGAUCUGGAGAGCUGACGGCCAUUAUGGGACCGUCCGGCGCUGGAAAGAGCACGCUUAUGAACGUUUUAGCAGGCUAUAAAACAUCGCAUUUGAGUGGCUCGGUGCUGAUAAAUGGAAAGGACAGGAAUCUCAGAACAUUUCGAAAGAUGUCCUGUUACAUCAUGCAGGACGAUCGGCUUCUACCGCACCUGACCGUUUACGAGGCGAUGACCGUUUCAGCAAAUCUGAAGUUGGGGAAGGACAUCAGCGCAACUGCCAAGAAAGUAGUGAUCGAGGAGAUUAUCGAAACCCUUGGCCUACGCGAAGCCAGCAACACGCAGACCCAAAGUCUCAGCGGCGGUCAGAGGAAGAGGCUGUCGAUAGCACUAGAGCUUGUUAACAAUCCCCCGGUUAUGUUCUUCGACGAGCCUACUUCUGGUUUAGACAGCUCUGCUUGUUUCCAAUGUCUAAGUUUGCUCAAAUCUCUAAGCAGAGGAGGAAGGACAAUCAUAUGCACGAUCCAUCAACCGAGUGCGCGACUAUUUGAGAUGUUUGAUCAUUUGUAUCUACUUGCCGAAGGCCAGUGUAUAUAUCAGGGUAAUGUCGGUGGUUUAGUGCCCUUUUUGUCAUCGAUGGGCCUUGAUUGCCCGAGUUAUCAUAAUCCAGCAGAUUACGUGAUGGAAGUCGCUUGCGGGGAGCACGGCGAGUGUGUUCACAAGCUUGUGAUGGCUGUGAACAACGGUAAGUGCAACAACUAUCAACAUCAUCAAGCGGCCAUCGCCGUGGCGCAAACGGUAUCGAAUGACAUCGCCAAGGAGUCGCCGCAGGAGCAGACGAAACCGGAAGGCACCGCUCUGAUACCCAACGGAGUCGCGAAGUCAUCAACUGGCACAACAGUGAUCAAUAUGCCAGUUUCUUGUACAACAUCAUUGUUGGACAGCGCGGAAAGCAUAGAGCAGAAGGUCGGCUUCCCGACGAAUGGUUGGAUGCAAUUCUGGAUACUGCUCAAGAGGACAUUUAUGUCGCAGAUACGAGACUUGACACUAACAAAGGUAAGACUGAUCUCGCAUAUAAUCGUCGGCUUCCUGAUCGGCGCAAUUUACUAUGACAUCGGCAACGAGGCCUCAGAGGUCAUGAGUAAUGCCGGAUGUGUCUUCUUUACGGUGAUGUUUCUUAUGUUCACCGCCAUGAUGCCUACGAUAUUAACAUUUCCGAUGGAAAUGUCCGUGUUUGUGAGAGAGCACCUCAACUACUGGUACUCGGUGAAAGCUUUUUACCUCGCGAGAACAUUGGCGGAUUUGCCGUUCCAAAUGGUGUACUCUAUAGCCUACGUAAUGAUCGUAUACUUCAUUACGUCGCAACCGUUGGAGACAGAGCGUUUUCUUAUGUACUUAAAUAUAUGUAUACUGACAUCGCUGGUCUCGCAAUCCAUCGGUCUGCUGAUAGGAGCAGCAAUGAGCGUGGAGAGUGGAGUGUUCAUCGGACCCGUGACGUCGGUUCCGAUCAUCCUGUUCUCCGGCUUCUUCGUUAACUUCAACGCCGUACCAAAGUAUCUAAAGUUCCUCUCGUACGUGAGCUACGUGAGGUACGGCUUCGAAGGCGCCAUGAUCUCCGUGUACGGUUACAAUCGGGCGAAGCUCAAGUGUUCCGAGUAUUACUGCCACUUCAAGAGUCCGACGAAGUUUCUCGAACAGAUGGCCAUGGAGAACGCGAUCUACUGGGUGGACGUUGUCGCCCUGCUCGGCUUUCUGCUCGUUCUGAGAGUGGCCGUUUACUUCGUGCUGAAACUCAAGCUGCGAUCCCUUCGUUAAAUACUCCGACAGGAGUCCAGGACAGACAAUAAUCGAUCACAUCACGAUUCUACGACCGCCAUAAACUACGAUCUGGAUAUCAUCAAAGAUCAUACUUUCGUAAAUACGAGAGGAACCAACGAUGAGGAAGAGAAUCGAGAUUAUUUCGAUCUUGAGAUUGGGAAAGAUAGAACUAUAUAUUUAAUAAACAUCAGCGACAAAUAUCUCGCUGUAUAAAAGGAGAAUUACGAAAAAGACAAAAACUUUAAAUAGGGACAUUAAAAUAAUGCGGUAAAUCGUCGCUUUAAUUCGAACAAUCGCAUGACAUGCGAACUUUAAUACGUGAUUUGUUAGAGAUCGCAAGAUCUUUAUUUUAUUUCCCGUCUCUUUCUCUAUUAAAGUAUAAUAUUUUUUUAUGAAUUCCAAUGAUGUAGCGUUAACGCUUCAAGGGGUGCUUAAUUAUUGAUCGUAGUGGUGUUUUUGGUACCAAACCAAAUGAUCUCUGCCAUUGGCAUAAGAUGACACACUAUCGUACUUUGUUAGUUCGAGUAAGUAAAGUAGCUACCAGUUACCGCGACGAAAACUCGAAUCUGAUUAAAAACGAAUCGUAAUCUUAGAUAGGCAUUUAAGUAAGUAGUCCAGGCAAAAGUUAGGCUACUUUCAAUUGCGCAUUGACAACAGUAAGCCGAUCCGCGACGGCAAUACGUCGGGCUAUCCGGUAUCGAAUUAAAACCGCGAACGUUUAUAGCCAAUUACUACGAACUCGCCAGGAGCCUUAGGCCCAUUUGAGACUUCGUGUCCCUCCAACGAACGCGAACGCGAACAAAAUAGUGAUUUCUAUAGGUAGGCAGGGUAGGAUACAUGGAUCGUUAAAACAAGUCUUUCAUUCUCAUCUUACAUUACACAUAGUUCGCCACGUUCAAUUGUGGCUACGACGGGUAUUUCGGUGGUAAAUGAAUCGCAUUAUUUAUAUUUUAUGAUCAUAAUAUCUCGAACAGCAGCAAUUUGCGAACACCGAGAGCAAUGAUCGUUCACGACAUUUUAUCAAGACGGUUAUAGAAAUCGCGUCGUUUCAUAUAAUCACGUAAUCGCUCUUUCUUCAUAUCGUAAUUUCAUUAACGAUUUACCUAAUAGCUAAUAAUUAUUAUCAUAAAGCGGGAAAUGAUGGGGAAGAGAAGCGUUUAUUGUAAAAAGCUCACACUUGACCAAUCACUAGCUGCCUGAGCGUUGCUUCUAAGUGCGAGUACUAAGUGUUGUUACACUUAUCAUAGUCUAUAAAAAAUCCGAGCAGUGGAAAAAUUGUAUAGUUGUAUAAAGAUGAGAUAAAUUGUGCGUUAAUGAGAGAGAGAGAGAGAGAGAGAGAGAGAAAGAAUAUGUUGUUUUUUUAAUAAUACAAUUUGCGGCCUACGCGCGAGUAUACAUCCCUUCGGAUUUAUUUAUUCAACAAUUGGCGGAGAUGGCAAUGAUUAAAACUAUAUUGUAGAUAUUUUCAAUUGGUUUUGCACACAAUCGAGACUCGCUGCAAACGAUAUUAAUAUUAAUCGGUGUGGCUGUAAUCAACAGGAAGCUGUUAACACGGGAAGAGGCGAUAUAUGUAGUACAAAUGUUGAUUUUACAGGAAUAAGGGCGUGUUUUAUUUUUAAAAGUAAAAAAGGAUAUUAGUUAUGAUAUUUUUUAUGUUACACACAAUGCUAGGUGUACAUAACAAUGAAUAUAUUUCCCACUUUUUUAUUUGUAUCAAUGAAUGAACAUCGACAAAGGCAGAACGACAAGGCAAUAUAGUUUAUCGUGAAAGUUGUUAUUUUGUGCAUCUUACCUGAUAAUCUCGCAAUAUUUUUUAUUACAAGUAUAUAUUGUGUUUGUCGGUAAUGGUAAUAUUGUUUAGCUAAU